AUGAUCCAUUAUCUCAUGCCUCUUCUUUUCUCUCACCCCUUUUCCUAUGAUCCAUUAUCUCAUGCUUCUUCUUUCUUCGCCCUUUUUUCUUCUCAUCCUCUCCCAUCCUUUACAACUAAGAUAUCCAUUUCUCAUGCCUCUGGUCUUCUCUCUUUGCCUGUAUCUUCUCAUCCUCUCCCUCAUCCUUCCAAUACAACUAAGAUGAUCCAUUAUCUCAUGCCUCUUCUUUUCUUUCUCCCUUUUCCUUAUCUUCUCAUCCUCUUUUCCAUUAUCUCAUGCCUCUUCUCAUCCUCCUGUAUCUUCUCAUUCUCUCCCUCAUCCUUACAACUAAAGAUGAUCCAUUAUCUCAUGCCUCUUCUUUUCUCUCUCCCUUUUCCUAUGAUCCAUUAUCUCAUGCCUCUGGUCUUCUCUCACCCCUUUUCCUGUAUCUUCUCAUGCCUCUCUCUUCCUCACCCCCUUCAAUCAACUGAUGAUCCAUUAUCUCAUGCCUCUGCUUUUCUCUCACCCUUUUCCUGUAUCUUCUCAUUCUCUCCUCAUCCUUCCAAUACAACUAAGAUGAUCCAUUAUCUCAUGCCUCUGGUCUUCUCUCACCCUUUUCCUGUAUCUUCUCAUCCUCUCCCUCAUCCCUUCCAAUACAACUAA